AUGAGACCUUCCCAAUUAUUAUUGAAUGCAGCUAAGAAAUCUUCUGGUUCCGGUGUACCAGUUGAAUUAACUCCAUUGUUUUUUGCUAUGGGUGUAGCUUUGUGUUCUGGUGUUUUCUUCACUUACAAGAAAUUUGCCUAUGAUGACAGUUUAAGAAUCACUGCCAACCCAGAACAAUCUGGUUUGAAAGAAGUUUUGACCAAGGGGGGUGAUGAACAAAACAAAUAG